AUGAAAGCUGACCGGUUCGCUCCCCCAUCCACACCUCCGCGUCUAAGAAAAGGUGUCACCAUCGGCCCAUCCAAAUUUGGGACUCUUAAGACACCCCAAUCGACUUCCAAGAAGGUCCAAAACUUUUUCUCGGCCAUGAACAGCGGCUCCACAAACACUUCUCAUCAGCCCCAACAAUCAAAACACUUGUUGGCCCCCAUCACCCCUGAGUUCACUCCUCACAAGUCGCCCCGCUUACAGCGCCGAAAGAAAAUCGAAAACAUCUUCAAACUUGAGUCUCCCACAGCCUCUGUUACACCCAAUAGCUUCCACCAAGACCAUUUCGGGCUCUUGUUGCCAACACCUUCCACCAUUGGGUCUGGUAGAAAAAGUGCCACCAGCUCCAACGCCAAUUUGACCAAAAUCAAGCCGGCAGCCUUGAAGUUCGAUGCAUUGACCCUGUUAAAUAACGGGUUGAAAUUCGAAACUGACAUGGAAGAAGUUGACCAAGAGCAACCUGAAAGCUCGGACGAGAUGGACCAGUUCUUUCUCAAGCCCACCGAUACAACCAAGUUCAUCUCUAAUUCGAACUUGCGGAUGUUGAAGUCGCCUACUCGUAUCAGUCGGAACCCGUUUGAAGAGCCCUCUUCUCCUGUGCUGAGGGCUCCCGAUGUGCCUCUGACGCCCGGUCACCAGAUGAUCAACGACUUCACAGUCCACGAAUGGUAUGGCAACUCAGCCAAGUACUUUUCAGACGAUGAGGCUGACGAAGAGCAGGUGAUUCGAAAGAGACAACCAAUGGUUAACCCGUUUCUUUCUGCCAACCCAGCACGUAAAGCUAACCUCAAUAUCCAAAAUCCCUUCAAUAGCAACAAACUGCAGGUGGACUACCUGACACACCUCGAGUUGGUAAACAAUAAGACGGGCGAGAAGAAGAUAGUGCGGUUACUGGAGCGCCAGGCGCACAUCCGGCCCAAGAAAUUAGACUUUAGUUCUGCUUAG